CUCGGGCAUUGCUUGACCCACUGUCGGAUGAUGACUUAGGGACAUUGAAUAGGAGAUUUGACCCCCUAAAGUUAACAUUAUUCAAAAGAAUCUACCCCAAGAUCCUGAAGCACGUGGAAGGAGUCUUGGGUCGAACUAUAACAAUGCGGACUGUAAGGAAGCUUAGCAACGCUAGACGUUUCCAAAAUGGAGUCCCAGCUCUCACGGCAGCGUUCUAUCAUGCCAACUUUAGUAUGUUCUUUCAAGAGCAUAUGAAUGUUUAUUUCGUAUCAGGAUACCCAGAAGGCGAUCUCUUAUAUUACAUGUCGGCCUUACUUUUGGAUUGCCCCAUCGAGACUACGCAAUUCCUGGCAGAGGAGUUCGAAGAUUUCUUGGCCAAAGCGAUCAUGCCAUUGGGCAGUACGACCGAAUUUGUUUGGAGUGGACAAGGAUCAGUUCAUGAGAAGCUUUUGGAACACCUCAAGAACCGGUGCCGUGCCAAACAAAGAAGUAUUGAUGCUUGCUCUAAAGGUGCUGACAUUUGUGGGGAUCCCUUGAAUAAAGUGGGAGCACGACUAAUUGCCUUGGCCAUAUUCCGUUGCGGUCAAUAUCCAUACACAAACUUCGGCCAAUUUCUUGAGCACUACUUUGAGACGGUAUUUCAAAUGCCUUUAUUUUGGGGUCAACGCAAAGAUAUAACGGAGUUAUAUUUGGAGGGAAACUUGAGGAGAAAGAGCGAUCGUCUGCCUCAAAGUGGUUAUUCAGAUUUAACACCACACCUAAGUAAUUUGGAGGAAACCAUUGUGUCGAAUUUUUUGAUUGAGGCGUCCACACGCUUUUUCAAGAAUAUGGAACAUCUUAACAUCUCGUUGUAUGAGAUCAGUCAGGUUGUGGAUUUACCUUAUCAUGCAGGAGAGGCUCAUCUUUACCAAGCUAAAGAAAUAUAUCGGAAAAUGAAUUGUUACAACUAUGACUAUCUCCGUAAGUACAACACAUCAAAAUGUGGGCCUGAUGAACACCCUAAAAUCGCCGGUUGCUGUCGGAUUUGGGAGGCCAUUUCCACUCAACACGAGGGCAUUCUCAGUAUGAUGCGAUUCAACCAACAAGCCCCACAUUGGAACUCGGAAGAUGACGUCAUAUUCGAUGAAGCUAAAAAGGGCUACUUUGGGAAUUUUGAGGACAUUGUAAAACCGUAUGGGAUAAAUAACCCUAGGAUUUUUGGUUGUCAAUGGCUGGGCCAACCCAGAGAAGAGAAGAUAUUUUCUUGCAACUUGUUUCAUAGACUUUUCACCAAUGCUGGUAUGGGAUACACCUGCAACUCUGCUGAUUACGAGGAUCUUUUCUUAGACACAUCCUAUUUAAACAUGUUCAAGAAGAUCAUGAAUUCCAAGGGAAAAUCCCAUGAGAAGCCGAUACUCUCAGUGGAUAGGCCUGGACCACAGAAUACCUUGAAAAUUCACAUUGAGUUGUCUCAACAGUUCGACAACUUCAUCAAAUUUGGCCACCCUCUAUACAGUUGGAGCGGAGGCAUACCUGAAAGCUCAUUCCGCUCUUUGGACAAGUCCUUUAAAAUCGGCAUUCACCAUCCUGGAAGCUUGGCUGACCUCCGGAAUGACUACAUCAAAGUCAAACCCGGCUUCGAAUACCAGGUCCUGAUCACUCCGCAAGUUCACACGGCAGAGGAAUCGCUCCGUUCAAUGUCUUUGGAGAAACGGAAAUGCCAAUUCCAGGAUGAGAGUUCGGAUUCGCUCCUCUUUAAGUCUUACUCCCAAACCAAUUGUCAAUUGGAAUGCCGACUGAAAUUUGCAGUGGAACAAUGCGAUUGUUUGCCAUGGAACUACCCCCAUAUGGUUCUAGAUGGUCAGUUGACCAAGCUUUGUGACUACCGAGGAAAUUAUUGCGUGGAGAAUAUCCUUCAUAGGUCCAUAACGUGGCAAGAAUGCCCUUGUUAUCCCCCUUGUGAAACAAUCACUUAUACGUUUUCAAUGAACAUAAAGACCAUGGAAAGGCCCUGCUCAUCUGAAUUCGGAUCAGCAUUUCCUAUACAAUACGUUCAAAACUCGGAACUGGCUCCAUUCAUUUCCUACCCAGUUGAUGAUUACUUAACCGGGAAAAACCGAUCACUUCGGGCCUUAACAGUGGGGAAGGAAGAAUUCUGCCACGAAAGAUGUGACAACUCAGCCGUUGUGGAAUUUCAACUUGUUGGAACUAGUGUCACGGUGGUGAAGAAGAGUGCUCGUAUCACAUUCAUUGGAGCUUUGGCAAACUUGGG